AUGUCCGAAAUCGUCGCCGACAUCGUAGAGGGGACGACGGGAGUGCGCAUGGAUACGGGUGGACGAACCGAAGCCGAGAAUCGCCAGCCGCAACCGGUGUUGGCCCGGCGUGAAAUUGAGAUGAUUUUGAUGCUUGCGAUCCAGGGCAGCCUGUUCUCGCCUGUGGGACAGGGACGUCGAAGGGAGGAGUUGCACGAGCGUCGUGCGCAGGCAGAGAUCGGGCCGAUGAACGAGGGCCGAGCUUUGAGCUUGCUAGAGGGGUAUCGCAUGCUGCUGCGGCGGGCGAACGAUUGGCGGGAGAACGCGGAGAUAGGCAGGUGUGCGACUUGGUAUCUGUCCACCAUAAUGGAAGUGACGAUCGCCGACAUGCGGGAGCUCGGGGCGACAGCCGGCUGA